UAACAGUCGGUUUCCUUUUUUGCUUUCUCUUCUAAGCAUUGCUCCUUGUUUUUUAGUCUCGCUGAUCCUCUGGGAGCGCGCGUUCACAUCAUGCUGGCGCCGCCCUUCACAGCGCACCACGACUCGUGUGAGCCGUUAAUUGUUGCCUGAUUCCGCCAGGAGACACGACAUUGUGGACCAAUUCCAUAAGUAAAGGUCAGAUUUCAAAUUCACACUAUACACCAUACAGUCUGAAGAAUGACCUCAAUUCAUCCGCACCCAGAAUAAAAGAUGCUCGACAUUCUCGUCGACACCAGACACGGUGCCGUGUGUAGUGAAAGAGCUGCCUUCGUGAGCUUGCUUGGGUACCUGUGUGUGCUUGUGAGUGCCCGUUUCGUAACCGUUCACAGUCAAAAUGAAGGCGCCCUUUCAGCAAACAAUUGUGGACAACUUCCAUACGGCAUACGAUACAGUGUUGUAUACGGUGGGAUGUGUCCUCAAGAAUGGUUUUCUCCACGAGGAUCAUAUGCGGCCGCUGUUCUAUGGGCCACAACAGGAGAAUGAGUAUGUUGUUUUCCUGCAAACACUGAAACGGGCCAUUUGCCGCUGGAAGUCAGAGUACAGAAACGUCGACCAGCUGUCGAACCAAAAGAAACUGCACACGACCGAUCUGGUCACCUGGUACAAGACAACGCAGGCGAUGUUGAAGACCGUGAAGGCAUUGUUUCAUGACAUCCUCUUUCACCCAGACAUUCUAAUGAACCUUAUUGACUGCAAAUCGGCCGCGGACAUACAGUCUCUGAGGAACAUGUACCGCAAUGUCAUCCUUGCGGCAUACCCUUUUUCAGCCUCCAGUCCGGUCUUUUGUCUGAAAGUCAUAUGGAAGAAAAGUAUAUGUCGAAAAACAAACCGCGAGUAUGUAAACCACACUCAGUUGCCGUGGAAAAGCAAGCAACAAAUGGAAUACGAACUGAAGGGGGAGUAGGCCAUAUAGAGAAAGGCGUUUGCCGACAACGCAUCCGUUUCAUGUACUAAUUUAAUGUAAUCUCUUCAUCGUGUAAUUCCCGUGGAAAGGUUAUUAGACUUGCAGCCUAGUCAUAUUGUCUCAGGGUACUCUGUUCAUUCAUUUAGGACCCGUGUAAAGCUGCGCCGCUCCAAUCAAGAAAUGUGCCUCAACCGCAUCCGCGUGAGUAUUCAAUGCUUGCUCGGAUCCUUCUCAUCAGUAUUGUGAUUUUAAUGGAAACACGGAUGAUCGAUCAUCUUCUCAACAAAGAGGUCAGAAUCUUGGAAUAGGCUAUCUACAACUCAUCUUUGAAUGUCGCAUCUUCCAUUACAAUGCAUAUAUUUCAGCGACAUCCUCUGUCGCGCGCGAAUUCUGUUCCUUGUCACUUUUUCAUUUCUCAAUACAAGCCGACAAGACCCGAAACAUAUACACCAAAAACACACGCAGUUAGUUAAUAAAAGUGUGGACAGGGGAUUUUGGGAGUAGAGAAAAAAACAACAUAUUUUGCUACUCUUUU